CGGCGCCUGGAUGAGACCGUGGUGAACCGCAUCGCGGCCGGCGAGGUGAUCCAGCGGCCGGCCAACGCCAUCAAGGAGAUGAUCGAGAACUGCUUGGAUGCUAAGUCCACGAGUAUCCAGGUGGUAGUUAAAGAAGGAGGUCUGAAGCUCAUCCAGGUCCAAGAUAAUGGCUGUGGAAUCAGAAAAGAAGAUCUGGACAUUGUAUGUGAGAGGUUUACUACCAGUAAACUGCAAAAAUUUGAAGACUUGGCUAGUAUUUCUACGUACGGUUUUAGGGGCGAGGCGUUGGCAAGCAUCAGUCACGUUGCCCAUGUCACGGUCACAACUAAAACAGCUGAUGCAAAGUGUGCAUACAGAGCUACUUACAGUGAUGGAAAAAUUAAAGCUCCUCCAAAACCGUGUGCUGGAAACCAGGGAACUCAGAUCACGGUUGAAGAUCUCUUUUACAAUGUAAAUACAAGGAGGAAAGCCUUAAAAAAUCCAAAUGAAGAAUAUGCAAAAAUACUCGAAGUCGUUAGCAGGUAUGCCAUCCAUAACUCAGGCAUCAGCUUCUCAGUUAAAAAGCAAGGGGAGACUGUCUCAGAUGUUAGAACCUUAUCGAACGCCUCAACAGUGGACAACAUUAGGUCCAUUUUUGGAAAUGCUGUUAGCAGGGAACUGAUAGAAGUGGGCUAUGAAGAUGCAAAUCUGGCCUUUAAUCUGAAAGGCUACAUCACCAAUGCAAAUUACUCUGUGAAGAAAUGUACAUUUUUACUCUUCAUAAACCAUCGAUUGGUGGAGUCGGCCGCUUUGCGGAAAGCCAUAGAAACUGUGUACGCUGCUUAUUUGCCAAAAGGUACCCACCCAUUCCUAUACUUAAGCCUGGAAAUAGCCCCCCAGAACGUAGAUGUGAACGUGCACCCUACAAAACACGAGGUCCACUUCCUUCAUGAAGACAGCAUUCUGGAGCGCGUGCAGCAGCACGUCGAGAGCAAGUUGCUGGGCUCUAACUCUUCAAGGAUGUACUUCACUCAGACGUUGCUUCCGGGGGCCGACUGUUCUUCCAGUGAGGUUGUAAAACCAGCAGCAAACCCUUCGGCCGUUGCCAAGGGGACCGGCGAUAAAAUUUAUGCCCAUCAGAUGGUCCGCACCGAUUCCCGGGAGCAGAAGCUGGAUGCUUUUCUUCAGCCAGUGAACAACCCCCUGAGCACAGGCCCCACCGAAGGGACAACGGGGGCCGAUGCUGGACCUCCAGAGGGUGCAGUCAGGGCACAGGAUGCUGAGAUGGAAGAUGUCAGUGACCUCGUUGAAGGGGCAGAUGUUCAGGAGGACACAGCGAUGCCCGGAGGGCUGAGUGAGAGUGGACGCUUGUCUCCUGAGACAGUGCCUCCUCGAAAGAGACCCCGGGAAGAUGCAGACAUAGAAAUGGAGAAAGAUGACCCCAGAAAGGACAUGACUGCUGCCUGCACCCCUAGGAGAAGAAUUAUCAAUCUGACCAGUGUAUUGACUCUUCAGGAGGAAAUCAGUAACCAGGCACAUGCAAAUCUUCAGGAGAUGCUCCAUGAUCACUCCUUUGUUGGCUGUGUCAGUCCUCAGUGGGCUCUGGCCCAAUAUCAGACUAAACUCUAUCUUCUCAAUACAACAAAACUCAGCCAAGAACUCUUCUACCAGAUACUUAUUUAUGACUUUGCAAACUUUGGAGUCUUAAGGUUGUCUGAGCCAGCUCCUUUAUAUGAGCUUUCAAUGCUUGCUUUAGAGGAUCCUGAAAGUGGCUGGACAGAAGAAGAUGGCCCGAAAGAAGGGCUUGCUGAGUACAUCGUGGAGUUCCUGAAAAAGAAGACUGAAAUGUUGAAAGAUUAUUUUUCUCUUGAAAUUGAUGAGGAAGGAAACCUCCUUGGGUUACCACUGCUGAUAGACAACUACGUUCCCCCGCUGGAAGGACUGCCCAUGUUCAUCCUUCGCUUGGCCACGGAGGUAAACUGGGAUGAAGAGAAGGAGUGUUUCGAAAGCCUAAGUAAAGAAUUAGCCAUGUUCUACUCCAUCAGAAAGCAAUACAUCAUAGAUGAAGCCAACCAGGCCAACUCUCAGAAUGAAGACUCUGACUCUGCUUCAACAACGUGGAAAUGGACCGUGGAACAUGUUCUUUACAAAGCUUUUAGGAAUCAUCUUUUACCUCCUAAGCACUUCACAGAAGAUGGCAACAUUUUGCAGCUUGCUAACCUGCCUGACCUGUACAAAGUUUUUGAGAGAUGCUGAGCUAGUACUUCUUAUAGACUGGUCCAUUUUUUUUGAAAAAAAAAA